AUAAAUAAGGGCGAGGAGAAGGCGGUGGUCCGCCAUUUCGUGGACGCCAAGUCGGGGAGAGCAUCUGCGGGAGCCGGGCGGGGAGGGGAGCGGGAAGCGGGAAGACCCAUCUGAGGGUGUGUGGAUUUGAGCGUCCGCUUUCCAACCCACGAUCUCGAAAUGCAUCGUGAUUCCUGUCCAUUGGACUGUAAGGUUUAUGUAGGUAAUCUUGGAAACAAUGGUAACAAGACUGAAUUGGAACGAGCUUUUGGCUAUUACGGACCACUCCGAAGUGUGUGGGUUGCUAGAAACCCUCCCGGCUUUGCUUUUGUUGAAUUUGAAGAUCCCCGAGAUGCAGCCGAUGCUGUUCGAGAACUAGAUGGGAGAACAUUAUGUGGCUGCCGAGUAAGAGUGGAACUCUCGAAUGGUGAAAAGAGAAGUCGAAAUCGUGGCCCACCACCGUCUUGGGGUCGUCGCCCUCGAGAUGAUUAUCGGAGAAGGAGUCCUCCACCUCGCCGCAGAUCUCCAAGACGGAGAAGCUUCUCCCGCAGCCGGAGCAGGUCCCUUUCUAGAGAUAGGAGGAGAGAGAGAUCACUGUCUCGGGAGAGAAAUCACAAGCCUUCCCGAUCCUUCUCUAGGUCUCGUAGCCGAUCUAGGUCAAAUGAAAGGAAAUAGAAGAAGAUCAGUUUGCAAGAGGAGUGGUGUACAGGAAAUACCUUCAUUUGACAGGAGUAUGUACAGAAAAUUCAAGUUUUGUUUGAGACUUCAUAAGCUUGGUGCAUUUUUAAGAUGUUUUAGCUGUUCACAUUUGUUUGUCUCUUGGAACAGUGACAAAUAUGUAAUUCUCUAUGAUUUGAAUGGAUCAUAUGAGGCAUGUAAUAUCAAGAAUUGUUACUUUGCAAUGUCCCCUUAAGCAAAAUUGAAUUUGAAGUUUAGUCUCACAUAGACUGAUAAUAAACCUCUAACUUCUGCCCAGCUAAAGCUUGACAUUUAAUAUUACGAAAACUGGCAAAAAUUGAACGAAGUCUUUCCAUAGCUGGGAUAAUAGUAUGGAGCUGUAGUUGAAGAAGCAGUCUUUAAAAGCUGGUGUGAACACAAGCCAGCAGGUAAAAAUUAAGCUGUACUGUUAAACUAGAUUAGAGGUUUAAAAAAAAAAAAACUUAUUCAUACUGGGCAGGGGUGUCCAGUUGGUGUAGAAUUGGAAGUUGCAAGAAAGUUAGUUUACCUUUGCUUUAGGUCAUAAGUUCCUUAUGUGAUUGCUGUAUAUGAACACACAGCUCUUUGUAACAAUCUCUUGUUUGGUAAUUUGAAACUAUUAAAGAUACCAAUGGCUUGCCAGUUUAAGGGUACAUUGUAGAGCUGAACUUUGAGUUACUGUGCAAGAUUUAUUUUUUUUUCAUGCUGUCAUUUGUAAUAUGUUUGUGAGAAUCCUUGGGAUUAAAGUUUUGGUUACAAAUUGUUGUUUAACCCGAAAGCCUGUUUUUCCUUGCAAGACUAAAAUCUGUGAGCUUGGUAUCAAGUCCAGGUAUAACAUUCCUAUUGGAAGCCAUACUUCUAUUUUCUUGUAAAGUGCUUUUGAAUUAAUAAAAUAUUAGCAUAAUUGUGUAA